AUGUCUUAUUAUUACAAUCAUAUACAGUUUGAUAAUGUUUCAGUUAAUAUGAAUACUAAAAAAGUGAAUCAAUACUGUACUAAUAAUGGUGUAUAUUUUGCCAAAAUUUUUCAAACUGGGUUGUCAUCAUCAGUUAGAAAAGCUGGCCACAGUUGUACUCAGUUAGCUUUAAUAGUUGAUAUUAGUUUGCCUAUAUGA